AUGAAUAGAAAAUACUCCAGAAGGGUAGGAGGAGGAAUGAACUCCUUUUACACAAAGGGGAAGAAAAGAAUUGGUGGUAAGUUUCACGAUAGGUCUUUAGCCAAUGGGCACGGGGCUUUGAUUAGAAGUGCCAAGGCGAAUAACUUCAGGAAAAGACGAACGACGAAGUAUCGAACAACCACCAAGAGGAGAAAUCACUUCUUUAAGAAGACGCAGAAUUUGCACGACAAGAUAGGGAAGCUCACAUCCAAGGAUUUGGAUGACGAAUUGGAUAAUUACAUGGGCUCGAGCAAUGUGAAGACGAGACUAGACAACGACUUAGAAUCAUAUUUUAAAAACAACGAAAUGUUGCAAGUGGAUGGAAAUAAAGGAUUCAACAAAGUGGCCGAGUAG